AGUUCUCUUUAUUAUCAUGCCGUCCAACCGCGAUUACGAUCACCUCUUUAAAUUAGUGCUCAUCGGUGACUCGGGUGUUGGCAAGUCCUGCUUACUACUACGAUUCGCCGACGAUAGCUUUACGGAGAGCUACAUCACCACUAUUGGAGUCGAUUUCAGAUUCAGAACUAUCCCGGUUAGUGACAAAACUGUGAAACUACAAAUUUGGGAUACUGCCGGGCAGGAAAGGUUCCGCACAAUAACUUCUGCGUACUACAGAGGAGCAGAUGGAAUUAUGAUGGUUUAUGACUGUACGCACAGGGAGUCAUUCGAAAAUAUUGAUAAUUGGCUUAGCGAAGUGAAUCGUUACGCUAACGACUCGACUGUGAAGAUUUUAAUAGGAAAUAAAUCUGAUCUCAAGGAGGACCAGCAGGUUACUCCAGAGGAGGGGGAGCAGAAGGCGAAGGCCUUAGGCUUUUCUGGUUUCAUUUUAACGAGCGCCAAGGACUCAUCCAAUGUGGAGAAAGCAUUUUCAAUGGUCUCGCAGUCUCUCAUUGAUACACGUGCGGCUGCGGCUGCUGGUCAGGACGGUAGCCGGCAACAGAGUGGAGGGAUUAUGCAACUGCGCAACGCGGGAUCGUCAGUGUCGGGCUACUAUCCUUCAAAUUGCUGUGGUCAGUGAAGUCCCUUAGGAGUUGGAAGGGAGUUCGUCGUGCUCUG